ACUCAACAACUGCCUUGUUUACGAGAGUAUCCUCGUGAGUUCCGCGCGUGUAGUAAGUCGAUUAUGAUUCAGCUAACUUCUGUUUGGCUUCUUUUUCUGGGAUGUGCUUUCAAUGUGGCAGCUCUUCUUCCACCGGAUAGUGUUUCACUCUCUCCUAAGACAUGGUUUCCAAGAGAUUUUGAAAGGCUAGAAGCUCUGUCGCUCCAGCAUUCUCAAAGACGUCGGCCUAAGCCUCUGGCCUUCAGCGACGGCAAAGGCUUGGUGGCGGGAACAAGCAACCCUCUGGCUGUGCACGCGGGGGUAGAGACGCUGAAAAAAGGCGGGAACGCAAUGGAUGCGUGCUUGACAACAGCUUUUACAGGUAGGCCGGGUUAAACUUAACUUGCCUGAAUAUUUUUUUGUAGCAGUUCAAUAAGCUCUUUCUUAAUUCAAAUUAUAUCACUAGAGUCAAAAAAAUAGGCCAAGUGCACUUCAGUUAGUCUGUUUCCUGCCAACGACUUAAGAAACCAAAUAAACGAGACAAUGCAGUCUUUAAUACACUCUGUAACCUGAAGAGGAUUAAAGAUUUUUGUUUCGGCGUUGGAGUAUUAACGAUACCACUUCCUUUUCAAACCCAGUUCUUAGUCAGUUGAUCCUGCUUUUAAUUGGACCGUUUUGAAAAGAUCGAAAGGCUGUUUCAAUUCAACUCUACCAGACUGUGGAAUAAGUUAGUCCUUGACGAUUUCUGCCAACGGUUUUUCGAGUUUGGAACCUAGUCUAACAAAGUCUAACUGGUUACAAGUAAAGAUGAAGAUCUCCAAGAUUUAAGCUUUAAGAUAUUUAAGACAAUACACCCUUUUUGUGUCACCGAUCGUAGUUAGUUGACACUUUUUAAGUGGUUUAUUUUGACAAGAUCGGAAGGUUAUUUUGCUUUUUCGGGGUCGGGAUACUAAAUCCCAAAUGCGUCCGUGUCCGGUUUUUCGUGUCCUAAAUCAAAUUGUAAAUUGUCUAACUUUAAAAAUGCGAGUGCACGAAAAUAUCGAAGAUUUAGUGACCUACGCGAAGAACUCAUUCAGUUCUUGGUUUUUAUCAUUUAAAUUGUCAUACAACUCUAUCUAAAUUAAUAUUGGACAUAUUGCUGUUUGUUUGUUUGUUUUGUUUGUUUGUUUUUUUGUAGCUUGUGAUAUAUCUCGCCCUCUUGGAAUAAAUCCGUUACCGGCUGACUAAGUUUCCUAAACAAAAAAUAUUUCUAAACAGUAAAAAAGAUAAUUUCUCUUUUUAUCUCAAAACAGAUGUACUAGAGAUGUCAAAUUUGUUUAAUUUUUGGGAUAAGAUAGGCCAUAUAUGGGAAAAAAGGAAAUGGCACAACAAGUCUUCAAGUUGUUAACAUUUCAAACUGACAAAAGAAAAUUAAACUUACUGCAAGUAUUCAAGUGAUUCACCUGGGCAAAAAGUCAUAACUGAAUUACUUCUGUUUCGGCUUUGUAGACCAAAUUUAAAAAAGAAAAAAUAAAUAUUAAAUAAAUCGUUCGCUGAUCAGCAAGCUUCGUGGAUGUUUUUCCGGAGCAGUUGCAAAAUGUUUUUAAUACGCUCGAGGACAUUUUAACUUCGUUUUUUUCUAGAUUGGAAAAAAAAUUGAAGAAAUAAAUAAGUGAAAUGCAUGUCGUACUCAGUUCACUAAGAACUGCACGUCCGGCUGGGUGUCGCAAUCUAACGAUAAGCAAAUGUGUAUCUUUUGAUAAAAAUUAUCUUCCCUUUAUCUGAAUAACCAGUUUGCAAAACAAUAAGCUACGAUUCGUGUUAGCGAGUAUCUGUUACUGUUUUUCAGGGUUCCCUGCUGCUCAGUAUGCUUCUGUGUGCCCUAUGAUUGUAUUUUAACAUGGUAUCUGUGAGUGUCUCUCUUUUAGCUCAGUAUCAAUUCUAUCAGAAUCUUUGAGACGUGAUCCUAUGUGAACACAUUCCAGGCUGCUCAGUUGACCUUAUCGAGGCCUAUCCGAGCCACAACCUUUGCAUGAGUCAAUUUUCUUUUUUUGUUGCGGGAAUAAAGAAUGUACAAGGAAAGCAUUGCUCGCCACAGCUAGUCUAAAACGUUUUCGAGACACUAUAACAUAUCAUUAGACCAAAAGUGGGGUUAAUCAGAUCAUACGCUAUUCUAUGCCCCUGUAUCCGCUUAAAUCCAAUGGUGGAGGGGAGGGGAGGGAGAGAAUCCCUUGUACACCUAAUGUGCAUUGCACUACAAAAGUUUUCAGUUUUGCUAAUGUCUCAACCUUUUUCGCUUCUCGGUUUCUUGUCAUGCGUCAUUGUUCAAUUUUCCUGAUUGAUAUUCUAUAUAAAAAAAUCACCAAAGCCGAGGAGCAAAAUUAUGGUAAAUUGAAAUAUUUAUGGCGCCAUCCAGUGUACGAACCGAAGAUGAAUACUAUAGUGUCUUUGUCAAUUUUUUGCACGCGGCCAUCACAGUGAGACUUUAUAGUGACUGGAUGUAAUUUGCUGAUACGGUUCUCUGCCGGGGUUAAAGUUUCCAAGUAUAGUUUCAGUUCUCUUACCUGAAAACAAAAGAGGAAGAUCUGACCAAAUGCUCCUUGUUUCUUACUUGACUUCUAAGCUUUAUAAAAGAAACUUAAAUCGAAUUGUGCAUAUAAGCACAAUUCGACACGACAAAUAAGAAAAUUAUUAUAAGUUUUUUACUUCGCCUUGUGAGUUUCAAAAACGGCUGUUUUAUUUUCACGCACACCAUCUUCAUCGUUGUCCGACUCGCCAAAAUUAAUACAACCUCACCAAGGAGCUUCCCCCGUUUUACGCAGAUACUGAGAGGUUUGCCUCGUUUUUUCGUUAUCGAGAAAGCAAAUUUCUCUCAUGUUCACUGCUGACGAUUUGUGGAUUAAAAAUGGCAAAUGUUUACAGGCUGACCAUUGUCCCGGGGGGAGAGGCUCCGCAUAUGAAAAGGGUGGGGAUGCUUGUCAGAAAUUUUGAAUUAAACCCCUAAAGGAGACCGAUUGGGGCGUUGCCCAAGCUUUUUUAGACCCCUAAAAGAAACCAUGUUAAAACACAGACAAUAUAUACAUUUUUAUAUUUUUUCCCGUGCAACCCUAAACAAGACCUUCACGGCUAAAUAUGAUGGCGCUUUGCCCAGAACACCCUAAGUGAGACCAAAAUCCGAAAUUUACACCCCUAAGCGAGACGACUAGCAUCCCCGCCCCUUUCAUAUGCGGAGUCCACCCCCCGGGACCAUUGUUUCCUUACACAAUAAUACCAUCAUUCGACAACUGUGAUGGUCCGCGACAUGACAUUGAUGAGAGUGCAUUGAUGAGAGUGCCUAGUGGUUGCACCUGCUUGCUCGGAGGAUCAUUAAAGUUCGCGAAUUUCUUUUUACUGUGGGGUCCCGAUAUAGGGGAUAGACUGCAAAGCAGAGAUAAGAGACAGCUUAGGGUGUCCUACAUCCAUCAAGUGGAUGCAUUCGGCUUAAAGUUGAACCAGCUAAUAGUUUCCCAGAGUCCGGUCUAAAUUGUUUUCAUGUUUUGAGUGGAAGCCAAAAAUAAUUUUACCAGAAAAGAAAAUAACCAUUUGUUAUUAAACGCGUCUUGCCGUAUAAGACGGGCGCUUAAAAUCCCAGAAAAACGAUUUUAAGCUCUUGAAAAAUCGCAGUGUUCUUUUGCACCAUUUCCUAUAAGGUUCUAUAGAUAAGACCAUAAUCCAAUAUUUAGUUUAUGCCUUUCGAGUGGACCAGCUGACUGAAAGGAUGCGCUCCUCAAAAAGUUAUCACCUUAUCACGAAAAUACUUUCUUUAUCGAAAAAGCACUUUGUUAUAUAACUUAUACAAUCAGUGUGUGUUUCUUCGCACUGUUUGACUUUUGUAUAAAACCUGAACAAUUUUAGCCAAGAUUACUCAAUAGGGCUCGCUGAUGAUCGUGGUCAGAACUAAAGACAAGUGACGAAGUAAGUCACAAAUAGUACCAUGCUUAUAAACUCAAAGUCACGUCUCUCAGAAUCUAAUUAAGCUGUGUAGAUUGACGCUGGUUGUGCCCCCUCAGGUCUACGUGGGGCAAAAUUUGAUGAUAAGGGAAAAUCAAUUAAACUUUGUAAUCGCACCUUAUCAUUCAUACUUAAAGGGAACUAAGAUAAACGUUAGUGGAAUUAAUUUUCAAAACUCACCGACGCACACUCAGGCACUCAGAGGCUCUUAACUUUAAGGGAUUUUACUUUGUAUCGAGUUUAAGCAAGACUGUUAGCGAUGCUGAGAGUACUUUGUAAAAACUAAAUAAAAAAAAACCAAAAUAGACAAUAACACUUUUCCCUGGAGAGACAUUUUUAGUACUUUUCCUUUUCAACAGUGAUACACUGCUUGAAUUUCCGCAAUUUGUUUAAUUCGAUCGCCUCGCAGAGCGAGAACUCAUUGAGGACAUUGAGCUGAGCUGGCAGGUCGCGCAAUCUCACGUGAUCCCCUAAGGACGUAAUGUUCCAAACCUUGGCUGUAAGUCACCUAUUUUUUUGCCGAGGGCUAGAUUUGAUCGUAUGUACUCGUACUCAGUAGUAAGUCCAGUUGACACGUAAGACGGUUUUUCAUCUCUGUCAGGAUCCAUUCCUGUCUCUGUGUAGCUGGGACUGGAGGACUCGAGCUAAUUCGAGGACACCUUUUUUUUUUCUUCAGAGAUCGUCUUGGCGGCAGGUUCUCACGUGUCGUUUGCUGGUGUAGCCAACAUUCUAUACCAUGACAGCUCAACGGGUGACACUUACAACAUUGAUGGGGGCUGGAACAAGCCUUACUACGUAGACCUGGCUCAGAUGCCUGAACAUCAUUCGGACCGCAGCAAUGGUGCCUCGGUUCUAGUCCCAGGAUUCAUAGCAGCCGUGUCUACUGCUUCGGAGAAGUAUGGGAGGCUUCCACUGUCCAAGCUUUUGGAACCUGCAAAGUACUUUUCUCAAAAGGGUUUUAAACUUCCUUCUCACUUAGCGGAGAACAUUAAGAAGAACUAUAAUCCAAGAAGCCUUCUUCGAACCAAGGAAGGUACCAGAAUUCGUUCCUCAAUCAUGCAUUUAUCAUACUCUGUUAAGGACACUUUACACAUUAAUUCUACAACGCAUGUUAAAGGACAUCGCUAAGUAGUUGAGAAAAUGGAGCAAAGGUUGACUAUCUGGUUUGGGUCACAUUUUGCUCUGUCGUCAAGCAUAAGCAUGUUUUCUUCUUUCGACUCUCUAGGCCAAAUUUGUCAAGUUGUAAAAAGGAAUGAAUUGAGAGCAGACAAAAAUUUCUCAAGGGCAAUCCAAAACAAAACGAAACAUCACCAACAAAAAGCUGAUGUUAAAACAAGAGUAACUCAGGUGUCUCCCCUUCUCCCACGUCCCUAUAUCCCCCUCUCCCGCGCACAUCUUAUCUUUCAACGCGCUUCCCAAGUUAAUAUAUGAGACAAAAUGACACAACUGGGGAUGACUCAGCAGCGUGCUCUGCCAUAUGUAUGUGAGUCCAUCCCAUUCCAAAUUUAAAGAUAACAAAAAACACGAAUCACCUAAUAAAAACCUAGCAAUAAACAAUUUACAAUUAAAAUUGCCUCAGAUUGCUGCAUGUUUAAAGAUAAAUUUUCCAAAACCCUUGUGACGAAUAAGCUUCCCAUCACUUCGCAAGUUCUAUAUAAAAUGUGGGAGAAGUUAGCCAUUUUAACCUAUAAUUCUGUCAUUUGGUUGCAGGCAAGCAGAUGUUUACCAAUCCUAAAACAAAGCAGCUCUACAGUGCGGGCGAACAAUUCAGACAACCUAAACUGGCGAAGUUCCUCAAGCGUCUCUCCAAGUACGGCAGGGACUAUUUUUAUAAAGGAACCUGGGCAGAGGAUAUGGUAGAGAUGGUUCAAAGCCAAGAGGGUUACAUCACCAUGGAGGACAUGACUGAAUAUCAAGUGACGUCACCGGAGCCCGCCAGCACACGAUACCAGGGGUAUCACGUGCUGACGUCAGGCGCAGGAUGGGGUGGCGCUGAGAUUUUGGAGAAAAUGAACUUGUUGGAGUUGGCAGGAAUUGGCGGUUCGACAGACUCGUACCUGAGCAAUGUUACGAAGCUUUUUUGGCUUGCUUCUGUCACUCGGUUCAGCUCUUUCAUUUCAUUUUUCGCUCACUUUGUUCCAAAUGGAAAGCACCUUCUCAAGGAACACCUUGGCAUUCAUUUGUCCAAUUCACAUCGAGGGCUAAUAGAACCAGCAGAGGACUUGUGGGACAAAAUUGGCUCUAUAGAGCGCAUGAAAGAAAUAAAUGAGCUAAUGCGAGAAAUGCUGACAAGCGUUGAGAUGGAUGUGGAAGGUCAGGACCACGGAUCUUCUGGAGUAGUUGUAGUAGACAGAGGUGGCAAUGUGUGCUCUUUGGUGCAUGGCACAGACAGCAGUCUGUGGGGCUCAGGAUUAUUUGUGCAGGGCGUGAGUCUUCCUAGCCCAGGAAUCGUACUGAAGUCUUUACUGAAAGAAAUGGGGAACAAAAGGAGAGUCCCUUCAGGACUGCAGCCUGUGAUUGUCUUCGAGGAAGAGUUCCGUGGCCUCGAUGAAUUUGGUCGAAGGCUCAGACGUGACGUCGCUGUAACUAAAAAGCACAACAAGAGACUUACGGACAAACGGAGGGGCUUAAAACAUCGUGAAUACACGAGAGUAGAACUGCCACAGAAACUAGUGAUCCUCAAAACGCAUAACCGGGUCAGAUCUCAUCUGAACCACCUAUCAUCUGCCAGAGCUGAGGAAAAUUUUGAAGAAGCUAACGAAGGCGUCCAAGAUCAUAUUGGUGUAAAAUCAGUUAUAUAUGAAGAACAGCCUGGUGAUGAGGAAAAACCUUCAUCCAAGUCUUCUGUUCAUGGAGAAUACUUAACACCGACAAAAGACAGAGAAAUCACAAAACCACAUCCUACCGUUCCACAAGGGCAUUCAAAUCCUAUAAACGCAGUGCCACAAACACCUCAUCACGAAAAGGAGCGACUCGUUGCUUCCAUAAAUUCUCUUAUCAAACAAGACGACGACGAAGAAAAUGAACUGGAGGAAAGCGAAGACGAACAAGCGGUGGAGGAAGAAGAGUCUUUAAAGGAGGCGCUGAGGGAAAGCAACUCGAGAGAGUUUCCUCAUGGGGGUAUCCCUGAACCCCAGGAGACACAAGUCAUUUCAGAGGAAAGGGGGGAGCCCUCUUUCCAUACUGGCCUGAUACCAGUGCUAGCUGUGGCCUGUACGGGUCCAUCACAUGCACUCUCUAUCCCACAGUACUUGACAAACAUUUUGGACAGUGGAAUGAGUCCGAAGGCAGCCCUCGAAUCGCCUAUAUUUCUUGUUUCUAGCCCUCACUCUUUUCAGCAGGAUAUCCAAGUGGAAAAGUUUGCGUUCGACGAGAAUGUUUUACGCGAGGUAGAGGAAUUUGGGCAGCAGAUUACCGAGGUGGAUUCUCAAACGGCACAAGAAGUGGCUGGAUUUGGCGCUGCUGUCACCUUCAGCAGUGGUGGGAAAAUGCUUGGCUGUGCUCACCCCACAACAGAAGGCCUCGCUGAGGGUGUUGCAGUUCUAGAAAGCUAG